AUGGGGGGAAAGUGGGGGGAAAAGUUCGGAAGAGAACGAUGGAUUUUUGUGGGAGAAGAAGAAGAAAAAGAUUCUUAUAGUGUGGUGACUAGUAGAAGAUCUUCUUGUGAUCCUCCUUGUGAAUCAUGUUGUCUUGAUGAAUUUUCAGCUGGUCGAAGUAGAGCGCUUCGUGAAUUUUCAUUGAUAUCUCUGAUAUCGUGCAUUCCAACGUGUUGCAUCAAUGGAGCCAACGAGUCAGCAGCCAUAUCAAUUUCCUGUUCUCCUAGUGAAUAUGCUUCUUCAAUUUCUCGUCUUGCAGCUCCAACGACACGUGCAUCAGCGUAUCUGAAGCAAUUCCUAAUGAACAUUACUGAUUACUGUAAUUCGGCUGAGCACCUAUUUAUAGCCGGUCGGAGAACUGGUCGAGAUGAAAACGGAAGUCGUACUGACUUUCCUUCUCCAACUGGUCUGUAUGUACCUUCAUAUGCUUCCGAUGACAUUCCAGCAAGUGAAAGUGCUGCUCCACGAGCCAUUAGAAUUGGAUCUCUGAUUGGAAGAUUCCUCCGAUCGGAUCGAUUCGAUGGUCCUCCUCUCAUCCAUUGUUCUUCUUCAUCAGGAUCCACGGGUAAACUGUAG